AUGCCCAAAGCUCUUCAAAAGCGCGGGCGCCGCAUCAAACGCAAGCAUGACGACGAGGCCGAGGAGACGGUGGCAGAGAGCAGCAAUAAGCGCCAGAAGUCCAUCGAUCAGAGUGGCGAGCAGCACGACUUUAUGUCUCUCCACCAUGGAAUGCAUGAAGAUGUGUCCGCCGCCUACCCCUCCACGGAGAAGGCAUUUUUCGGCAUGCUGGAUGAGGACGAGCAAACCUUUUUCAAGGCCCAGGAAGAACUUCUCGAGUCCGACGAUUUUGCCACUCCUGAAGAACGAGCGCAACUUUUAAGCAGUAUCUGGAAGGAGGCCGCUGGCAAAGAAUUGAAGCUUGCAUGCAGUCAGUCAUGUUCACGAUUACUGGAACGCGUGCUACGAUCAUCAACUUCCGCUCAACUCAAACAAGUUUUCCAGGCUUUCAGUGGGAACUUCAUCCACCUCUUGUCUCACAGAUUCGCCUCUCAUUGCUGUGAAACACUAUUUACGUGUGCCGCGCCUCAUGUCAGCGAAGAGCUUAAAGGCAAGCGGGCCGAACUCCCAGCCGGCGUUGACGAGCUCUACGUAUCAAUGGAGAACUUGUUUCUGCAUACCAUCGCUGAGCUAGAGGGUAACAUCGGAUUCCUCCUGACCGAUCGAUAUGCCUCUCACUCGCUGCGAAUUCUACUCCUGAUCUUCUCCGGCCAGGCCAUUUCGACGGACUCGAUGAAGGCACUCCUAGGCAGCAAACGAAAAGAAGGCCAUUCUGAGAAGAGUGGCAUUCGUACUGGAGACGACUCUACAUCGAAGUCGAGGCCUGUACCUAAAUCCUUCUCCGGCGCUCUUGAAAAGCUAAUGAGUGAUAGUGUGGUAGGCCUGGACACCAACAAGCUUCGAGGCCUAGCUACACACCCCAUGGCAAACCCGACUCUUCAGCUCUUACUUACCAUCGAGCUGACUUAUUAUGGGAAGCAACGAGGCAAAGAAGAAAAUUCCAUCCUUCGAACUCUUUUGCCGGACGAUCCUUUCACCGCGGAAAGUGACAGUGCAGCGUUCAUCAGCAGCUUGGUGUAUGACUCUGUUGGCUCGCAUCUCGUGGAGAAGAUAAUUCAACAUUCGCCUGCAAAAUUCUGGAAGAGUCUGUACAAGAACUUCUUCAAGGAACGCCUCCUUCAGUAUUCCAGGAACGAAGUUGCAACCCAUGUUGUCUGUACCAUUCUUGAGCGACUCGGUUACGACGAUCUUCUCGAAGCCCACGAGCUGAUCUUACCCGUCAUCCCCACCCUUCUCGAGAAGCAAUGGACCGCCCUCACCAGGACUCUCAUUGAGCGAUGUGCGGUCCGCGACAUCGACACACAACCUAUUGCUGUCCAGAUCGACCAAUUCUACCAGGAUGAGAAGGGAACAUUCAACAUCGAAAAAAUGCUCAACCCGCAGCACCCUCGAAACAGCACUGAAGCCGACCUACCCCCCACGAAAGUGCACUUCAACAUACUUGCACAAGGCAUGCUGAUAGUUUCCGGAUCUCUCAGUGCACUACUUCUCGAUUCCCUCAUCGCACUUGACUCGCAGACACUCAUCGGUAUGGCACGAGAUCCCAUCAUCACACGCACCCUGCAACAAGCCCUCACCACGAAGAACGCCUCGAUUAUUCAGCGACGCAAAUUGAUCCAACGCUUCUAUGGGAACAUUGGCGAAAUGGCCCUGGACAAGGCUGCUUCACAUGUGGUGGAUUGCAUCUGGGAGGGAACUCAUGGCUUGGCCUUCAUUCGCGAGCGUAUUGCCGAAGAGCUGGCUGAAAAUGAAGCUUCGCUACGAGAUUCGGCAUGUGGACGAGCUGUGUGGAAGAACUGGAAGAUGGACAUUUACAAGCGCAGAAGACGAGAAUGGAUCAGACAGAGCAAGCUGAAGGCCAGCAACGAUGGCUUUCAAAGCUUCUCUGAACUCGAUCAGAAGAAGACCGACGGCCCGCGCAAGACUCCACUACAAAUGGCGAGAGAGCGGCAUGCGAAGAACAAGGCGAAGCAAGUCGAGACUGAGAAGAGUAAGGAGAAGAGCCGCGACAGCAAAGACAUGGCAAGAAAGGAAAGGAAGUCAGCCAGUAAAAGCUCCCGGGGCUCGGCAGGACCUUCAACUCGCCCAAGACCAGCUCCUACGCCAAUAGCCACGACAUGA